AUGGAUGAGUGUGAGUUCAUGUGGAACCAUGCUCCCCGAGGGAGAUUUGGGAAUCUAGUAUUUGGUAACAUUUAUGUCUAUGCCAUCAUAGAUUCUUUGCAUUCUGAUCUGAGCAAGACCCGUGAGCCAAAGUUUGGGCCUGGUUUAUUUGUGCGAACGGAAGUUGAUCUGAAAACACCUACAAUCGCAGGGGGUCUUUUCGCCAUUGAUAAAAACUUCUUCAAAAGGCUGGGAUAUUACGAUCCAGAAUUGCAUGUCUGGGGUAGCGAAAACUUGGAACUUUCUUUCAAGGUAUGGCAAUGUGGGGGGAGCCUUGAAGUAGUUCCGUGUUCUAGAGUAGGUCACGUGUUCAGAUCCAAACCGCCUUACGACUUCACGGGUGAUCCAGAAUCAGUACUCCUACGCAACAACAAAAGAGUUCUGGAAGUAUGGGGCGGGAGAGUCAAGCACUUAUUUUACGGAUUGACGCCAGAGUACCAGGCCGUUGAUCCAGGGGACAUCUCAAACAGGAUUCGGCUGAGGGAUGAACUGAAGUGCAAGAGCUUUGAGUGGUAUUUGGAGAAUGUUUAUCCAGAAAAUAUUCUGCCUCUUGAGUUUCAGGCUCUUGGAAGGAUAAUGAACGAGGGGGUCAAUCUCUGCAUUGACGUGCUCCAUGCUUCGGAUAGGAGACGUAUGGGGGCGCACCUUGCUUUAAAUGCAUGCCGGGACGGUGCUCUCGCUCAGCAGACAUUUUCAUGGAAUGUGGGCAGCCAACUUCAGCAUGACCAUUUCUGUAUCACGGCCAUAGAGGGCGACAGUCUAGUAAUGUUGCUGGAGUGUCAAGAUGUGCAAUACAAUAAACAACUCACCAAUCAGCAGUGGCAGUAUGACGAACAGAUUGGAACAUUCCAGCACCAACUCACGGGUCUAUGCAUGGGACUGAGGAAGAAAAUGGACCAAGAUGUUUUAAAAUCAUUUGUAAUACUUGAAGAAUGUAGCUCAUUAUCCACCCAGCAGUGGGCCAUUUUAGAUACAUUCACUGAAAUUACAUGGAGAUAGCACAUGAUGUGACUUGGUAUGAAUUAUAAAUUUCAAGAUGAAUGUUAGUACUGUUCGUGAAAUGAGGUUUGGACGGACAAAAUUUUGAUUAUUUAUGGAAUUACCCAUAUGACAUCAUAUUCUGUAAUUCUAGAUCUGAGCGUACUUCCAGUUCAAAAUCAGAAAUGAAUUUAUUUUUGUUCGGAUAAAAAAGGCUUCAAUUAUGUUAAUAGUAGAAUUGAUGAUGCUUUAUGUUCAGUGUGUAUUUUAAGGAUGUUUUCCUAGUGAUAUGCAGGACCAAAUAUUAACUUAGGACCAACGUUAGUUUUCAUUCAUUCCACUUAAAAUUAAGGGAAUAUUAUUGAGUUAUAUGUAAAUAAUCACGUCCCUUUUUUCAUUUUCACUUAAUUCUUGUAUUGUGGCUUUAUUUUAUUUAUACACGCAAGCAAAAUUAAAAACACAUCAGGACUCAACUAACUUAAGUUUAGUCAAAAUUUAUUAAUUUCCGACCUGAAUGGAAAUAUUCUCUUAGUUCAUUAUACAAUAGUGCAAUAAAAAGUGAUGCAUGAAUAUAUAAAAAGCAAAAUGUAAUGCGUUACUGGUAAUUGAUUUGCCACUUAAAUUACAUACCCACGCCACGGAUUUGUCGAGAUGAUUAUAAUGAUGUUAGAGAAACAGGAAAAAUAAUUUCCUUUCCGUAUUUCAAAAAGGGAUCAAAAUCAUCAAACUAACAUUAAAAUAGUUCCAUUUGAAAUAUGAUUCAAGCACUACAUCUUGGGUAUGUUUAAGUGGAAAGUGGACUAUGUUCUUAUUUCAAUAUUAUCCUAAGACAAAAAAAAAAAACUCGAUUUGCAGCUGUUAUUUAGGGCCAAACUAGUUGAAUAUAAGAGAAAAUCAGAUUUUUUAAAAUCAUGCCUCCAUUCUAGCGAUAUUUCCACAGAGAUAAAAGUGUAUCGUAGGCAUUUAUUAAUCUGGGUUAUGAUUGUGAGUUAUUAAAUGAUUCACAAAUUUAACUUUCCUUUUUUCGUGUGUGCCAAACUUGAAACUUGCUUUAAAUAUUAGAAUAUCUAAUGUUGACAUCAUGAUUAUUUUUUGUGUUAUUGUGCAAAGUUUUGAUAUGUGGAGGUUAGAAAAGACGUAGCAUCGGCUUUAUCUCCCCAUUAGUCUUUGCUAUUACUGUAUCUACAACUCAAUUCCCUUUGCCAAAUAUUGUGUUACUUUAAUGUUUGUUUCAUUAUGUCCUUCAAAAGGGCUCCUUAUUUUUGGUGAGAAUGUAUGUAUGUAUGGUGUGUGACAGGACAUUUAAAAAAAAUAAAAAUGAAUAACGAAGGCA